CGACAAUCAUGAUAAUACGCUCACUCUGUCGGCGGCCGGCCGUCUUCCAGUCCUUCGCUGCAGCUCCUGCAAGAUCUGGCGCUGCGCCCUUUAUCCGCAAGAUUCACACGCGACCCACGCUUGCGAACGAAGCGGAGCUCGAGAAGAAUGGAAUUCCGGGUCUGCUGUCCCCGCGGGCGUUCAGGGUUGCGUGGACCGAGUACCAGCAGCACAUGAUGGACGAAUUGAAUGCCUCAACAUCUGGAUCAAUACUCGAGAACCAGGACCCGAAGAACAUCGUGCUUGAGCUGGCCCGGGAUCCGACCUCCGCAUAUGCCUUUAACGUGGCAUCCAUGGCCUGGAACAAUCACCAGUUCUUCAAAGGCAUUAGCACCAAUCCCAACGUCAAAUCCGCCCCCUCCUCCGCCCUCUCUACCGAACUAACCCACUACUUCUCCUCGCUGUCCACUCUCCGCGAAACCUUCCUUGCAACUGCCGAAGCCAUGUUCGGCCCCGGCUUCGUCUGGCUUGUCCAACAAAAUGAAAACCAACAUCCCUUCCGCAUCCUUACUACCUACAUUGCCGGCACCCCCCUCUCGGGUGCCCACUACCGGCGACAAUCCGAAGACCUAAACAGCCACAACCCAGACUCAUACCAAGCCAUGAACAAGGUCGGCCACUUUGGUCGAGCAGCAGCCCCAGACACCAAGCCCAAGAAAGCUCUCGGCGGGGUGGAUAUCAUCCCCUUGCUGUGUGUGAAUACCUGGGAGCACGUCUGGCUGACGGAUUACGGGGUUCGCGGAAAGAGAGAUUACCUCGAGGCGUGGUGGGACAAGAUUAACUGGGAUGAGGUGGCGCAAUAUGCUACGCUGGCGCCGCGCAACACAGGCACCAACCAUUUCCAAUAUCGGUAGCGACAUGUGCUGCGGAAGGCUUGUGACGGAAAUGUGUAUGUAUG